AUGAUGAAGACAACAGAGAAGGGUAGGGCUAAUGAUGACGGUUGCAAGUCUUUUGCAGCGAGGCCUGUCCAGGCGAAGAAGCAAUCGUCUCUAUCAGUGAAGCUUUCUCAAAACCCUAAAUCUGUGAUUAAGAAACAACUGAAAAAGCCUUGCAAGUUUGUUUCAACAUCAAGGCCUCUAGAGGUGACGAAGACGAUGCAGUCUAUUCCUCAAGUUUCUGAAAACCCUAAAUUUGUGCCACCUGUCAAGAAGAGCGACAAGGAUACGUUGGAACUGUUCGAAAUAGCCAAGAAAUCAGCGGAUGUGGCCAACGCAAAGGGACUUUUAGCGGCUAAAGCAGAGACAUCAAUCUGUGUAGAUACUCUCUCUUUGCUCAUCGGUUUUCCCAUAAGCCCAACAGCUCCUGAAACGAGGAGAAUCAUCGAGAGACUUGGGCAUCUCACGAAGCACAAAGACAGGAAAAUCUGCACUUCCGCAUCAGUUCUUCUUCAACACUGGAGUCAGAGUAUAAGAGAUCAACAACAAUACUAA